GGAAUGGCACCAACCUCUACGGGAAGACCGGUGCCUUCUCCUGGAAAUGGACCCCACGGAGAUUACCCAAAUCCAUCAGGUGCUCUUAGUGCAGCAGCACUUGUAGCAAGAGCUGCUGCUACUGCCACUGCUACUGCUACUGCUAGUGUUGUAGCAUUCCACGAGCAGCACCAAGAAGCAGUAAUGGGUGCCCAGUAUGGUGGUCAGAUGCAGGGUAUGAAAGACCAACAGCAAUACCACGGUGCUCCUGGAAAUCCACAUUUAUCAAAUGGCCUUGCACAAAUGGAGAACCCCAUGAUAUCCAUGGAUGAAUCAAGUGGAGUAAUGAACAACCCCAUGAUGAACCCCUUCAACUCCCACAUGGGAAUGAAUGACUCCAUGACCAUGACUAAUGAGCUGCACAAAGUGGGUAUGCAACUUGUACCAAAUAUGGGAAGUGGGAUCGGUCCCCAGCACAGAAAUCGUCCAACACCAUAUCCGAGUCCUGCCCAGCAUCUAGCGGAGAAACGACAGCCACCGUACAACAGCGGCGUAAUUCCACAGUAUAACACUAACAUGCCAUCGUAUGGAUUCAAUGCUCAACAUUCAUACAGUUCUUCAGAGUAUCCUGGAGUCCAGUCUUCCCAAUUCGUGAAACAGCCACACCAUUACCCUCCAUCUUUACAACAACAGCCCCUCCCUUCUAUGCCUUACCCACCUCAACAAACAAUACGACCGUCCAUGAGGCCUCCUUUUAUGGCACAACAGAACCAGUAUUACCCAUCAAAUCAACUGAAUGGUUCCACACCACAGCAAAUGCCAUAUGAGCAGCAAACGUACAAUGGGAACACUUAUGGUAACCCUCCAUGUUAUCAGCACAGACUAAUUAGCUACCAGCAGCCACCAUUACCAACAAAUCCUACACCACCCCUCACAUCAGCUUCAGGAAUGACCCCCUACUUCACGUCCGGAUACUAUACAGUUAAAUGUUACUCAUUACACCAUAGAGAAUGCUUAAAACAACUCAAAUAUUCCAGAAACAGGGCAUGUGUUGGUCAACAACAUAUACAUGUGUUGGUCAACAACAUAUUAUAUUAUUAA